AACGUGCCUCAUAAUGGGAGGUUUAAACCCGAAAACGUCAUCUUUGUGGGUCUUAUGCCUGAUCCCAAAGAGCCCAAAACAAACAAAAUAAACAACCAUAUUGAGCCAAUAGUAGAUGAAUUGAUACAGCUGUAUCACGGAAUAAGAAUGCCAACGAUCGAGUUUCCUGUCGGUGAGGUGAUUCGCGCUGCAUUGAUGAUGGUCGCCUGCGACAUUCCAGCUGUCAGGAAUACCAGCGGAUUUACCACACUUAAUAGCUCAUGCGCGUCCUUUAAGCGCAACCGUCAUUUCACUCGCCUUGACAGCACAAACAAGGUUGAUUUCCGUGGAUUUAAAGAAUCUGAGUGGUGUCGUCGUAGCUGUGAGUAUAAUAGACUGCAUGCUGAGGAGUGGAAGAACGGAGUUACCCUCUCAGAAAGGCAGCAUCUGGGAAUCGAAAAUGGUGUUCGAUGGUCGCAGUUGCACCGCCUUGGAUACUUUGAUCUAGUACGUGGAACGAUCAUUGAUCCCGCGCACAGCCUAUUAUUG